UUAAAUUACAUAAUCCCCCUUGAAAAUCAGAAAAUUACAUUUAAACCCAAAAACUUGACACCGUUAGCAUUUUUGUAGGGUCAUUCUGUCAAGUGAAUAAAAUUUUAUUGAAAAUCCCAUUUUGCCCUUUUGUGUUCAGCAUCCCGACCUCACUUGUUUGCAGGGUUCUUUGGAGCUCUCAGGCGCUUGUACCUCUCUUCGACGAAGUCUCUGCAGGCGAAGUCAUCUCUGCCGAAGUCGUUUUCCGAAAUUGGUUUCUUCUCAGGCGACGGGCGACGGACGACUGGCGACGGUGAUACAUCUGCCCUCUAUUCUGUGUAAUCUCUAAUCAGUUGAGGUGGCUUUGGCUUUCUUUUCUUCUCUUCCAAUUAUAGCCUCUGAAAGCAAAAAUUAAGUUUCUUCUCCGAACCUCUACCACCACCGGUCAUGGAUUCUGGUGAUCCUCAAUGGAAUUUCAUUUGUUAAUCCGCCAUUAUCUGAAUCAUUUUCACUUUUGUAGUCAGAACUAAUGCAUCCCUUCUGCUGAGUCUCCAUGGUUUCGGAAUGGAAUCCGGCGGCGCCGUCAUCGGCUUCGUCGUCUUCAUUUACAGAGUUUGUUGACAUGCCUUCUCAUCCACCACCAUCGACGAACGCCACACCCAGAUCUGAUUCCACGAAUAGCCGCCGUGAAUCUCCUGUCAAUCUUAGCAGUAGCAAUAGCCACAAUUUCAAUGGCGGGCUUCGCACCAACAGUUAUAAUAAAUUCAAUAACGGGGGUGGCGAUUUUGGCAGCUUGCGCUUGAGUAUGAGGUCUGGUGGUCCGCCAUCGAUGGAGUUGUUGUCGAGGUUGUCGUCGUUGCACGAUCCACAACUGUUGUCGAUCGAUCGCAGAGAUUGUGUGAAGAUCAACGACAUAGUUGGGAACGGCAUCUGUGGAAUUCUUUAUAAGUGGGUGAAUUAUAGUAAAGGUUGGAGGCCACAGUGGUUUGUUCUUCAGGAUGGUGUUUUGUCUUAUUACAAGAUCCAUGGACUCGACAUGAUCGUCGUCACUCAAGAAACCAAGAAAGGAUCGAAGAUCAUUGGAGAUGAAUCGCUCCGUCGGAUCAGUCGCCGCAAGAAUGGCCAAUCACAACUCCGCCAGAAGCCAUUCGAUAUGGUCGAUCCGCAAGAGCAAAUCGGAUGACAAGAGAUUCUCAAUCUUUAUUGGCACGACAAGGCUGCAUUUGAGGGCCGAGACGAGGGAGGAUCGAACUUAUUGGAUGGAAGCAUGGCAGGCUGUGAAGGAUAUGUUUCCAAGGAUGUUGAACAGCGAGUUAAUGGCUCCUAUGGAGAAUGUUGUCUUCUCCAGAGAGAUGUUGAGACAGAGGUUGUUGGAUGAGGGCGUCAACGAGGCGGCAAUUCAGGACCCCGAGCAGAUCACAGUCACUCCUUGGGUUUGUGAUGGGUGUUGGUAAGAGAUAUGAGUGGUGUUAUAGGUAUAUAAAAUGUUAGGGGUAAUUUUGUCUUUUAAAUUUUAAAACUAACAUCCCUAAUGGUAUUAAGUUUUUGGAUUUAAAUGUAAUUUUUUAAUUUUUAGAGAAAUUAUAUAAUUUGAGCAAA